UUAUCAAUGCUACAUGCAAGUUACAGUAAUUCAUACAAACAGAGAAUAGUAAACAUGGAGAUAACCGAGAUAAAGACUGCGCUAUAAGAAUAGUGGCUGGUUUCCAUUGCUUUUAAAAGGUAUUGUAUGUUGCUUCCUGCAAAGGCUCGUCGUCGUGUUUAAUCGUAUUGUUGUGAAAAUCGAAGAAAUGAAAAGUUUCAACUUUAAGGGACUGAUGGCCCCUGUGUUUACUCCAUACUCAAAUGAAAAUGGAGAACUAAACAUUAAAGCCAUUGAACCGUACGUAAAAAUGCUAAAGACUAAACACGUUGAAGGAAUCUUAGUUAACGGAACCACCGGAGAAGGUAUGCUUUUGAACACUUCCGAACGGAUGUUGGUUACAGAGGCUUGGCAACGAGCCUGUUCAACUCAUGGGGUCACAAUGAUGGUUCAGAUCGGUGGUGCUCCUUUUCCGGAUGUUGUGCAAUUAGCCAAACAUGCAUCACGCAUCGGUGUAGACGCUGUGCUGUGUCUUCCGGAACUAUAUUUCAAGCCAAAAACUUCCGAAACCCUUGUUGGAUACCUGAAACAGGUAGCAAAACAUUGUCCAACAACGCCAUUCUUCUACUAUCAUAUUCCGAUGUUUACUGAUGUGCACGUUCACAUGCCCACGUUCCUGAACAUGGCAGAAACAGCAAUUGAAAACUUUUGCGGCAUCAAAUAUACAUCCGGAGAUCUGGAGCAAGGAAGCGCAUGUCUGAAGGAAGGACGUACUAUAUUCCUUGGCGCUGACACAAUCCUUUGCGGCGCCGUUGCAUCCGGUUUUGAUAGCUUCAUUAUGACGACGCUUAAUAUAUGCCCCGAGGUGGCUAUAAAGAUUAUCGAUGAUAUCAAACGGGGAGCAAUUGAAGAGGCUAGAGCCGAACAAAGCAAAUUGAAUCAGCAUAUUGCAUCUAUUUUAGAACACGGAGAUUGGGUGACAGCCAUGAAAAAAGCCUUUCGUGAACGGUAUCCUUCGCUUGAAGUUGGUCAGACGAGACCACCACUAAGAUUCUAAAUGUAUGAUAACACAAUCGUUGCUAAUAAAAAGGGUUGUCUUUAUUUUAGUGACUAUCCAUAAACUGCAA